GGAAGCGCAGGUCAUUUUGUUACUUUCUAUGAUGUUGCCGUCGAGUCGUCUGCGCACACAGUCUCAGCGCCAUUAUUUUAUCUGCGUUCGUUCCAAUCAGAUUCCUUGAAAAGAAAAUUUUAGGGCUACUUUACCAUGGCUGAUGCACAAUCAGUUGCAACACUCAUAGACUCUGCAACCUCUAAGAUACAACAACUUCAGCAAGCAUUUGCAGAGCUUGAAAACCAUCGUGCCAUAACUCUGAAUCUGAAAUGGAAAGAACUUGAAGAACACUUUCAUGGGCUUGAAAAAUCCUUACAGAAACGAUUCGAUGAGGUGGAAGACCAGGAAAAGGAGUAUGAAAGCAAGGCAUCAGAGGCUCGAGAAAUGUUGGAGAAUCGAGAAGCUGCAGUUGUGGCAAAAGAACAAGCCUCACUGGAGAGGCUCCAAGACAAGAGAGAUGCUGCUCUUUCUGCCCUUGAGACUGCUCUUGAGAAGUACAAAACGGUUUCAUCUGCAGAGCCUGCUGUCGGUAUCAGCGAGUGCAAUGGUGGGGCUGAUGUGAUUGUGGAGGAGAAACCACCUGAUGCCAAGGCUGCUGCAGGUGAUUCAGAGUAUGUGGAAAAGUCCUCUGAACAAAAUGGAAAUAUGGAUGUUAAGAUUCGUUCCCAGUUAACUAAACUAUGUGAAGAAAUGGAUCCAAAGGGACUCCAUAAAUUCAUCUCAGACAAUCGUAAGAACCUAGCUGCCAUUAGGGAGGAGAUUCCAAUUGCAUUAAAAGCUGCUACCAACCCUGCUUGCUUGGUUUUGGAUUCUCUGGAGGAUUUCUACCGAAUGGAAGUGUCACCAUCAGAUGGGAAGAGGGAUUCAAGUCUAUUGGGUGUCCGUAGAACUUGUAUCAUGCUGAUGGAGUGCCUGAACCAGUUGCUAGCAGAAUCUGAACUAUGUUCUGGGUCUGAUAUCAUCUCCGAAGAUAUUAUGGAGCGAGCAAAGUCUAUUGCUGAAGUCUGGAAACCAAAAUUGGAUGAUCUUGAUGUUGAAGCCAACAGUGGGAACUCCUUAGAGGCCCAUGCAUUCCUACAGCUUCUGGCCACAUUUGGUAUUGCUUCUGACUUCAAUCUGGAAGAAAUAACAAAGCUAAUUCCUACUGUUUCCCGUCGCCGUCAAACUGCGGAUUUGUGUCGCUUGCUUGGAUUGUCAGAGAAAAUGCCAGGCGUAAUAGAAGUAUUGGUGAAUAGUGGAAGGCAUAUUGAUGCUGUUAACUUGGCUUAUGCAUUUGAACAUACGGAUCAAUUUUCUCCUGUGUCCUUGCUAAAAAAUUACUUGAAGGAAGCAAGGAAAGCUUCUACACCGGUCAAAUCAGGAAACAUGUCUCCUACUGCUCAGAAUGAGGUGAAUGAGCGAGAACUGACUGCCCUCAAAGCUGUGCUCAAGUGCAUUGAGGAGCACAAGCUAGAGGAGCAGUAUCCUGUGGACCCACUCCAAAAACGGGUGAUUCAGCUAGAGAAAGCUAAGGCUGACAAGAAAAGGGUUGCAGAAGCUGCAAAGCCUCAGUCCAAGAGACCCCGUGCAAAUGGUGGGGGUUAUGGACCCCGAAUCACUAACGUUCCUGACAAGAGCUUGUAUACAAGAGCACCUGACAGGUUUCCAUUGUACAUGUAUGAUAGGCCAUACAUCUACCCUGGACCAACUGACAAUCAUGGAACAUCACUUCUUGGUUCUGCUGCUUACAACCUCUCUCCUGGCCAUGGCAACUACUUUGGUAAUGGUUAUCAGUACCAAGCCCCAUAUUUACAUUAGCAGACGAAGGUAAAAGCUGACUAUGAUCAUUUAACUAUUAGGCUUAACCCUUUGGAGCUUUAUCCUGGUGUUAUGUAUGAACAUAUGAAUAUAAAAUGUUUAAUGAAAAAAUAUUAUGUUGAUU